CAAAAUAGCUAGAGGCCGGGGCCCUAUUGCGCCAUGGCGUCUGGGCGCAUGCGCGCAUGCGCGAACAUUUUCCCGCCAUACGCCGCCCGAGCGUCCGCGUCCAUAAACAAAACCUUUAUUUUUUUAAUUUAAAAAUGUAAGAUGUUAUUGUUUUAAUUUAUUUUUUGUGUUAUUGAAGUGCUGUGUCGUGAUGUAGGUAGCCAUGUUUUUGGGGAUUCUGCUAUUGCUGAGCGAGUGCACCGCACUGGCUUUUAACACCAGCGAUGUUAGCCCUCGAGAUAUGUGGACACUACGCUACCCACCGCGGAAGUCCCACGUGCGACGCCAGCGCACCAUCCCGGCCAGCACUCCGUUCUUCUGCCAAGAGUCUCUGGCUUUUGGCAAGAGUAGGCAGCCUCCGACCUCGGUGCACCGGCUACGGCCCGGCGACAUCGACGUGGUGGCUGCUUUAGGUGACUCGCUAGUGGCUGGAAGCGGUGCCUUGGAGGAGUUUGCCCUCGGGGCCUUUGUGGAGUACAGAGGGGUUUCUUGGUGUGCAGGAGGCGAAGGCACCUGGCGCGAGUUCCUCACUGUGCCGAACAUCCUCAAAGUGUACAACCCGGGGCUACGCGGCUACUCGACCGGCACGGGCGAGUGGCUCGCACGUAACGCUCGCAUGAACGUCGCCUUCCCCGUGGCGUCAGACCAGGACGCACUCAAACAAGCCAAGAUCCUGGUGGCUCGAAUGUUCGCAGCCCCCGACAUCGACGUCGCUCAGCACUGGAAGCUAGUCACAAUAUUCCUCGGUGCCAACGACCUCUGUUCCGCCUCCUGCUUGUCACCCAUCGAGUGGUCACCGCUGGCACAUGCCAAGAAGUUGGCACGGGCGUUGGACUACCUCCAUGCCAAUCUGCCGAGGACUAUAGUCAAUUUAGUACCUGUUUUAGACGUGUCCGUGUCGGUGCGCGUGCGCCGGCCUGUGAUGUGCAGGCUGAUGCACCCGCUGUUCUGCACGUGCUUCCACCGCGGCGGCGGCGAGCUGCGCGCGCUUGUCGCCAUGACCAGGCUCUACCAGAGGGCGGAGGCCAUGUUGGUGGAAAGCGGCCGUUACGACACCCGGCCCGACUUCACAGUGGUGAUACAGCCCUUCAUGCGUCUGUUCAACGCGCCCUGGCCGCCCUCCGCUAACCUACCGCUAGUCAUCCACCAGUCCUACAUCACACACGACUGCUUCCACUUCUCGCAGAAGGGACACGCUCUAGCGGCUAACCUCCUCUGGAACAACCUGCUAGAACCAGUCGGCAACAAGACCGAUGACGCAGAACCUGUGCUACUCCGCUCAUUCCGCUGUCCCACGAGAGAAGCUCCCUUCAUCUUCACACACAACAACUCUAGGACGUACCUCGAAACUGGGCGCCAAGAGGGAUACGACGAGUUAUGACAAAGGGACGAAGGCACAAACAUACUCUAUGACCAAAAAGUGUGACGAAAUGAGAAUCAAACAAAGCUUAUUUAACUAAGUAGUUACAUAUUUAGAUCAGGUAGGGUAUUUAGGUGAGCUCUCUUCCAAUUUCCUCUAGAACGUGCUGGAACCUGGAACCAGUUGGCUAAUGUUGCAAAAUGUUAGAUAAUAGUGUGUGUGUGUACCUAUUCUUAGCCUAAAUUAAAAAGGUACUAACAGGCUGGAUAUAAUAAUAAAAGAUGCACUGUCUAAAAAAUGUAAAUAUUCUUGAUAAAUUGUUUUUGUUGACCACUUUAGUUUACUUUUUUUCAACAAAAUAAUUAUAUUGUUACCUUCGUAAUGUUACAUAGGUAAAUCAUGUGAUUAUACAUGUACAUAGUUAGUGCGAGUGCCAUGAAUGAAGCUUUUUGAAAGAUAAUAGAAUAGGUGAGUACAAUAAAUUAAAUGAACGUGC